CUGAGAUCUGCAUUGAGAUCAGUCAGUGGCUUCGUCAAAUGACAUUCGUUCAAUGCCUUGACUGAGCGAAUCAUCACCUAAUCUUGAAAGCCUCCAUCUUUGUACUUCAAUCACAUUGAACUAUCUUUCCUCUUAGAUAUCGCAACCUUGGUCUAGCUCUGAGUUUGACCAUUGCGCUACAGCCCUUUUCAACUAUCCUUCCCCCACACCCACAUCACGGUCUCACAGCCGUAAAUUCCCUUACCUCGCCAUGGCACCCCGCAAACGAAAGGCACCUGCAACACCCAAAAGACCCCAGCCAGUUUCCAGCAGUCGCAGACGAUCGACGCGCAUUGGUUCGUCGGCCGAGAAGAGCAAGUACUUUGAAAGCGAUUCCGGCUCCGGCUCCGACUCAGACGAUGCACAUGUCGCGAAGCGUGCCAAGACCGGCGAUGGCACAAAGUACAGUGGUCGCCGUGGCCCAAAGGUGGAGUCGGAUGCCAGCGAGGACGAGUACGAAGCACCCGACGAUGACGAUGACGAGGAGGAGGACGAGGAGGACGCUGCCGAUGAAGCGUCGGGUGAUGGUAGCGAAGAGGAACAGGACAAGUUAAAGCCAUACAAGCCUGUUAAAAAGAAGGGAGCCAAGCCUCCCUUGAAAACAGGGCGGGACAAGGACAAGAACGAUUUCGACAAGGAGGACGAUUCCGAUGAAGACAAUAUGGUCACCUUUAUUCCACACGUAAAGCUACGAGAGCUCGAUGGUGUUGAAUACGCCGAUGAGAAACUACACAGGAACACUUUGCUGUUUCUCAAAGAUCUCAAGGCCAACAACGUUCGCUCCUGGCUCAAGUCCAACGACGCAGAAUACCGUCGAUCCCUCACGGACUGGAACUCGUUCAUUGAGACCCUUACGCCCAGAAUUGUCGACGUCGACGAUACGAUACCCGAGCUCCCGGCGAAAGACAUUGUAUUCCGUAUAUACAGGGACAUUCGCUUCUCCAAAGACCCCACGCCCUACAAGCCCCACUACUCUGCCGUCUGGUCCCGGGCCGGGCGCAAGGGCCCUUAUGCGUGUUACUACUUGCACUGCGAGCCCGGGGGCAAGUCGUUUGUGGGCGGUGGUCUGUGGCAUCCAGAGGCUGAGUCUCUGCGUCGGCUGCGGGCCAGCAUCGACGAACGGCCGAGGCGGUGGAGGAAAGCCCUGGUCGAGGAUGACAGGCUGCGGCGUACUUUCCUGCCCAAGUCGAAGAAGGGCGAUGAGAAGUCCAUAUUCAAGGCUUUCGCGGUUGCGAAUGCCAACGAUGCGCUCAAGAAGAAGCCCAGGGAUUAUCCCCAGGAUCAUCGUUAUAUAGAGCUGCUCAAGCUGAGGAAUUUUACCAUCAGCAAAAAGAUUCCUGAUGAUGUGUUCACGUCGGAUGACGGCGUUGAUCAGCUCAUGGAGAUCUUUGGUGAUAUGGUUGGAUAUAUUGCGCACCUCAACUCAAUUGUGAUGCCAGAAGACGGAGAUGACGACGACGACGACGAUGACGACGAAGAUGAAGAUAAUGCCAAUGGAGAAGCCACAGAUGCCACAGACUAA